AUGCGCAGGCCUGUUCUCGUCAGCCCCUCCAUGAGCGGCCGCUUCGCCCUCCCCUUCCUCCUGGUGCGGGGGGACCACCUGGCCGGCUUCGUGCCUGUGGCGCCCGCAGGCACCAAGGACUACACUGCUGAGCAGUACCGGCGCGUCCAGGUGUGCCAAGGCCGUGUGGUGCUGAUCUUGACCUGGCAGGGCACCAACCCCCGCCUGCGCUCCGUCCUCCUCAACUCCCACACCGACGUCGUGCCAGUCUUUGAGGUGCUGGGAUGGGGCGAGGGGUGGGACGGGCUGGGCCUCCCUUUUUUUAAGGACUCGCAAGGCAACAUCUACGCCCGGGGUGCCCAGGACAUGAAGUGUGUCUCCAUCCAGUACCUCGAGGCUGUCCGGAGGCUGAAGGCGGAGGGAAAGUGUUUUGCCCGCACCAUCCACCUCACCUUUGUGCCUGACGAGGAGGUGGGCGGACACAAGGGCAUGGAGAUGUUUGUGCAGCGCCCUGAGUUCCGAGCCCUCAACGUGGGCUUCGCCCUGGACGAGGUGGAGGGUGACUGUCCCUUGCGUCCCCCGAGGCUCAAGUCCGACUCAAGCCUGACCCUAGGGGACGUCACCUCGCUCAACCUGACCAUGCUGGAGGGGGGGGUCUCCUUCAACGUGGUGCCCUCCGAGAUGGCGGCCAGCUUCGACAUCCGCAUCCCGCCCACCGUUGACCUGAAGGCCUUCGAGGAGCAGGUGGCCGCGUGGUGCCGGGGUGCCGGGGACGGCGUCACCUAUGAGUUCCACCAGAAAUGCCUGGACCAACACAUCACCUCCACCGAGGAGGCGGACCCAUGGUGGAAAGCCUUCAGCGGGGCCUGCAGGGACAUGAAGCUGCAGCUCAAGCUUGAGAUCUUCCCAGCUGCCACCGACAGCCGCUACGUUAGGGCACUGGGACUGCCCUGGAGUGACUUGCUGGAUGGGUGCCACCGUGCCAGGGUUUUUGGCUUGCUGACUCCAAAAGUCAUUUCUCACCAGGAACCAGUGGUGCCACUGCCCCCACAGUGGUGUCACCGCAGGGGUCCCCUCGGCAUCUCACAGGAUUCGGACUUGGGCCCGCUUUGGGACCCUUGA